AUGGCAAUGAGAUCAGAAGGAGUAACCCAGGGAGCAAAUCCAAACCAAGAACCUAAUCCAAAUCAAGAAGCAAAUCCAACUCAAGAAGCAAAUCCAACUCAAGAAGCAAAUCCAAAUCAAGAAGCCAAUCCAAGUCAACAAGCAAAUGCACAGGAGGAGAACUCUACAGAAAACAAUGCAGUCAUUGAAGAUCUUAUGGUGGAUCUCUUGAUGCAGCAGAGGCCAGUUCAAAGAGUGACUCAAGCAAGGCCUGUUCCAGAGUCCACAUUCAUCUCAGCUGUACAGCAACGAGAGUUAGCUAAGAAGUUGCUAGCAUUGAAGAAGCAGAGGGACAAAGAAGUGGAGGACAAAAAACAAGCUCUGCUUGCAGCAAGGAGAGAAGAACAACAGAAGAAAGCAGAAGAUAUUGCCAGGAAAAGGCAUGAGCAAGCUAAGAAGAAGGCAACAGUUGCAGCAAGGAAGAGGCAGGCAGCAGCUCAAGAAAGGGGAGGAGGAGAGAAGAAGCUGAACUAA